AGCGAGGGGCGCCCUCAGGGGGUGCUGGUGGUCGCAGGGGUGGGCCGAGCGUGUCCUUCCCGGCCUAGCCCGGACUCUUUCCACACACAGGCAUCUUAAGUCGCGUCAGAGGACUUGGGAGAGCCCAGAAGCCUCCUCAAAGGAAACCCAUGCUAGAUGGGUUGUAGACUCCAAAUUUAGCAGAAACACUUAACGGGCCUCUCUCUGUCUUUCUCUGCCUGUCUCUCUCUCUGUGUCUCGCUCUCUCUUUUCCUGCAGGUCAAUGUGGCAGCCCUGCCAAAUCCCAGUACUGUAUGCCGCUGAUUUGUUUCUAGGUUAGCUUUCUGGAGGGGUAUUUCAAAUUACUACAGAGAAUGAUAGGAGGCAUUGCUUACGAUGUCGCUCCCGAAAACGCCCUCCACGUCAGCACGUGAUGGCAAGCAUUUGAAAAUCUCAGUACCCAAGGAGGAGACAGGACUUCCUGAACUAAGGGAGAAAAAAAGUCUGGUAGAUCGGUCAAAACCCCUUCCUACUGCCCUUCAGAAUGAGUUCAUCCCUGAGGAAGUUCUACUUUCUCUGACCUAUGCAGCCAAUGCCGGUCCUUGUCCUGAAAACUUACUGCCUCCUAAGAAAAUUAAAACUCCAAAGGGCACUCUUCCACGCCCUGCUGACGACGUCUGGUAUAACCCUAUUCGAAGAAAUAAGUUCAGAUAUCUGAUUGACCAUCCUGUUUCCCUAACAGGAGCUGGAAGGGAUAUUUCUUUUCUGUAUGAUGUUAAAUAUGUUAAAGGAGAGACAAGGGAAAGUGCAGUUUGUCCCCCACAAAUGGGCCGUUCGUUACAGUCACAUGAUGGUGUGAUUGUGCCUCAUAAGCCAAAGAAACUAACAGAUACUUUGAUUCCUGAAGAAUUUCAUAUUGUGUCAAAUACAGGAGUUUCAGGUUUGGAGUGUUAUGAUGAGAAACCUAAUAAAAGAGUAGAAGUGGUCCAGCUGAAUGAUGUGAUGGAUACUAUGCUAGAGAGGGCUGGUGUGGAAAAUCAGGAAUAUACAGGGCCAACCAAGAUGCACAAGCUACUUCAUAUAUUGAAGAAGGAACAGGCCAUUUAUAAUACAGUAUUUCAUGAACUUAUUCGACAAGUCAGUGUGGACUGUGCAGAUAGAGGAGAACUACUGUCCAAAAUCAGAGAGCGGUAUGUACAAAUGCUUGACCAAAUUGCCCGGCAGAUGAUUGACUUCUAUAAAGACAUGGUAACUCAGCGAGUGAUGGACCAGCGCAUUUUAGAAGAGCUGUACAAUUUUAAGAAUGUUAUUGAGGAACUGACAAGGGAGCUGUGUCUGGUUCGGGCACAUGAUGUGAAAUUAACAGAGGAAGCAGAGAAGGCCCACAGAGAUUUGGCACAAGCUCUUUUAGAUGCUGAAAAGAAUGCCAGAAUUGUAGAAGAAUAUCAUGACUUAUAUACAUUACAAAGAGGAAGGAUGGAGAGUGAUAUUAAACAGUUAAUGAAGGAAAGAGAUAUCUGGAGCACAGCCACAUAUGAAUUGUCUGUAAAGGUAAUUGAAAGAAAUAAAGUCAUGUUGGCUAAGAGACUUUACCUCAAUGAAAAAGCCUGGGAUAAAUAUACUAAGCAUUUCAUCAUUCUGCUGUUAACUAAGGACACUGCAGACCUUGCAAUGUUGCAGAAGUUGACACAGAAAUGGAGAAACUUAGUGAAUAAAUUUAAACAGGAAGUGGAACAAAAUGAAGAGUCUACAAGGGAAAAAUUGCAAAGUGUUAAGGAUGGCCUUGUCAAGUGGCAGCAGUUCUUCAGAAAUAAUACUGAAGAAGACAUUUUAUCUCCUAAUAAAGAAAAUAUUUUAGAGUCACUUGUUCCAGACUUCAAGCAAUGGCAAAAGAUGUUGACUGAAGACAGAGACAAGUUUUCUGGGGAUCUUCUAGUGUCAAAAUAUGAUUCUCUCAAGAUUAUUAAACGUUUACAGGAAAACUGGGCAGAUAUUGGGCUUGGGAUAUUUAGUCGUCAUAAAACUCUGGAGGGAAAGAUACCACCAGAGCAGAAGCACAUGGAGGAAAUCAUGGAAAGUAUUGGAAGACUCUACAAAGAAUUUGAAAUAAGAAUAAAUGGGGAUAAUGGUAUGUCUAAAAUUCUUCCAAGUUUGGUUACUUCUCUUGAAUUCUGUUCUUUCAAGUUGGAAAGCCUUCUGGAGUUUCCUGAGUUGCUUCUUGAAGAGUGGGAGGGACUUAAAGAAAAAAUUAAUGAAAUGAAAUCUCAGUUGGAUGCAUCAUUAAACAUUAUUGAUACUGUUCCGCAGUACAUAGAUGUAGAUUCUGGCCCGGUACUCCAAGCACGUAUAUUUAACAUGAUUCAACAAUGGCUUUUGAAGAUAAGCAAUGAGAUUAACAACGGUAACAUGGAACUUCAGCGCCAGAUGGAUGAAUUGCAUAUACCCAUGAUCCAGUGGAUGGUAAAUUUGCUGAUUUUAAUGGUUCCUGACUUUCCUGAUCCAGACACUGUCAUAAAUUUGGAGGAGAAAAGUGCUGAAAAACGUGACCUAGGAAUUGCCAAGUUAGAGCUAGAUGCGAUUGCCCUGGCAAAAAAGUUGUCCCAAUAUUCCAGCUAUUUGAGCAGUUGUUGCAAAGAGUUGGUAACAGCUAUGGCUCUGAGUAAAGCAGGUCACUUAGAAAAAAAUCCUCCUAAGAAACUUAAUGAACUGGAUAAGAUGAAGAUGGAAUGUUAUGAGUGGAUCACCACAUGCUCUCACCUCCUUUCUGGCCUCAAAGGCAGAAAAAUAAAGUUAUUGACACAUGAAGAAAAACGACACCUACUUGGAGAAGAGGACACUGUAAAAGAAUUAACUCUGCCUGAAGCAGACAAGCUUCUUAAAGAGGAUGAGGACAAAAAUAUGGAGGAUAAGAAACUUAAGGAGGACAAGGAAGAAGAGAAAGCAGAAGAGAAACCUUCAACAUCUACACAGAAGGAAAUACUCAUUCGAGUUGUUGGAGAAGACGAAAAUAUUCAUUCCCAGCCUCUCUUUGGAACAGAUGUAUUAUCUUCUUGGAGAGAAUCAGCUAAUGACGGAACAUUGGCCCCAAAGUAUCUUGAAGCAAUGGCUAUAAUUGAACGCAUGCAGGAGAAGUUAAUAGAGGUUGAAAACAGAGCCAGACAAGCAGAGGAGAAGUUUGAUGAUGUGAAUGAAAAACUUCAUUAUACUCUUAUAAGAAAUAAAGAACUGGAGAAAGAACUAGAGGGAAUAUUGAUGAAGUAUAAAGAGAAGGAGUCUGAAGGAGAAGAAGAAGAAAAUGAAGGAGAAAGAGAAGAAGAAAAAGAAGAAGAAGAAGAGGAAGAAGAAGAAAUCAGGCCAAUAGAAAGAGGCUCAAAAUCUCCAAAGAAAGAGGUACUACGCAGGGAGGGUUCGAAAUCCAGAACCCGGACUAGACCCACUUACAGGAUGGAACCCAAAUAGCAAGCACAGGAUGCUGGGCUUCACCACAGCUCCCUUCACUGUAUCCACCCCAGAUAUCUCUGCACUUUUGAGCUGACAGUGUGGCUCAAUUGAAGGGAUUCCCUUUGCAACAGCUACCAGAAAAGCCGUGACAGAC